AUCUACUGUUCAUCUCUCUUUCUCUCUCUUUAUUUUUUUUCUCUCUCUAUAACCGCCGGAAAACCGUUCCAUUUUUCCCGGUAAACCGCUUUUUUACUGUUAAUUCACUCCGGUAACAUUCACCGGAGGUAAAUUUGUGACGUCACCGCUCAAAUUAUACACGCCGGAACUCUUUGUGAGCGGUUUUCUGUAAUUUCCGGUGAUCCUUACCGGUAAAAAUUCCCCGAUCUCUGAUUUUAACGCUGUUACGACGGAAUGUGGCGCAACUAACCGACGAGUUCGUGAAUCCGGUCGAAUUUUAUCUAUUUAAUUUUUUUUUUUUUGUGGUUUUGGUGAAGUGAGAGAAGACGGAGAGUUCCGGUGAGUUAGUUCGGAAUGAGAUGGUGGAAGGACGGGUUUGUUUAUCCAGAGAGGAUACAUUAAACUUUCUGAAGCAUAAGAGGCUUCAGCGAAUGAAAGCUAGCACUGUGGAUGAUCCUCCAGUUAUGUCUAACCUAAUGGCUAAAAGUGGGGGAGAUAUGGUAAGAGGUUCUGCAUCUUGUCAUGAUAGAUUACUCGGAAGUUUGAACUUGUAUGCUCAGUCUUCUUCUGCUGUGUAUGGGAGAGAUAAUACGUUACAGCCGAAGGUGGAGAAGUUUGGUACAAAUGAUCUUGAAUGGACAGAACAAAUUCCAGAGUGCCCUGUAUACUAUCCUACUAAAGAAGAGUUUGAAGAUCCUCUGGUUUAUUUGCAAAAGAUAGCUCCAGAAGCUUCAAGAUUUGGUAUAUGCAAGAUUGUUUCACCUUUAAGUGCUUCUGUUCCUGCUGGUAUAGUUUUGAUGAGAGAGAAAGCUGGUUUUAAGUUUACUACAAGAGUGCAACCUCUUCGUCUUGCUGAGUGGAAUACCGAUGAUAAGGUCACCUUCUUCAUGAGUGGAAGAAAUUAUACAUUCCGUGAUUAUGAGAAAAUGGCGAACAAGGUCUUUGCUCGUAGAUAUUAUAGUGCUGGAUGUCUUCCUUCUACCUAUGUAGAAAAGGAAUUUUGGCAAGAAAUAGCUUGUGGAAAGACAGAAAGUGUUGAAUACGCAUGUGAUGUUGAUGGCAGUGCGUUUUCAUCUUCUCCGACAGAUCAACUUGCAAGUAGCAAAUGGAAUUUAAAGAAAGUUUCAAGACUAUCCCGAUCCACUCUGCGUCUGCUUGAAAGAACGAUUCCGGGAGUUACUGAGCCCAUGCUUUACAUUGGGAUGCUAUUUAGUAUGUUCGCUUGGCAUGUUGAAGAUCAUUACUUAUACAGCAUGAAUUAUCACCAUUGUGGUGCUGCAAAAACUUGGUAUGGUGUUCCUGGGCAUGCUGCUCUGGAUUUUGAGAAGGUGGUUCGCCAAGAAGUGUACACUCAUGACAUUCUAUUAACUGAUGGGGAGGAUGGUGCUUUUGAUGUUCUUUUGGAGAAGACAACCUUGUUUCCUCCAAAUAUUUUGUCACAAAACGGAGUUCCAGUUUAUAAGGCUGUUCAAAAGCCUGGAGAAUUCGUGGUGACCUUUCCCAGAGCAUAUCAUGCAGGAUUUAGUCAUGGUUUCAAUUGCAGCGAGGCUGUAAAUUUUGCAAUUGGUGACUGGUUCCUGUUGGGAUCAAUAGCUAGUCAUCGUUAUGCUCUUCUAAACCGGGCACCUCUCCUUCCUCAUGAGGAACUUUUGUGCAAAGAAUCUAUGAUCCUUCGUUCAACUAUGGAAUAUGAAGAUCAAUAUUCCGAAGAUAUGAUUUCUCAUCAAAACAUUAAGGCGGCAUUUAUAAACUUGAUCCGUUUCCAACACCGUAUUCGUUGGUGUCUACUUAAAUCAAGUGAAUACAUGGGUGCUUCCACUCACUCCCAUGGAACCAUUCUCUGCAGUAUAUGUAAACGUGACUGUUAUGUAGCAUAUAUCAACUGCAAUUGCUAUCUGCAUCCUGUGUGCCUGCGCCAUGAGUUCAAGCUACUUAACCUAACUUGUGGAGACAACUACUCUAUCUCUGUAAGGGAGGAUAUCCUAGACAUGGAGGCUGUAGCCAGUAUGUUUGAGCAGGAGAAAGAUGUUGUAACUGAGGUUCAAAAGCAAUCUGAAAUUUCCAAUGACAUGAUUUUGCUAUCUAAGUUGUAUCCACUAACUGAAAAUGAAGCUUAUAUUCCAUAUUGCAAAAUUGAGUGUGGAAUUGAUGUGAACAAGUUUGAGCGGGAGUCAGGCUCAGGUCCCGAAAUCUUGGAUGCUUCUACAAUAUCUCCAUCAGAAACUACAUCUUUGAUUAACCACGUUGAUAGUAAUUCUACCGUAAGAGAUGCCAAGACUGCUACCAAAGAUUUAGCUGCCAAAAUGCAGGAAGUUUCACCAGUGAUUGAUGAAACUCUCCGAGGCAAUGUCCAUGUGGAUGUCAGUCAUACAUACCAAGAAACUGAUGAUUCCGACUCAGAAACAUUCAGGGUCAAACGUCGUUCCUCUUCAAAGUCAGAGAAUAGAAAUUCUGAUGAGUAUGUUCGUUCAAGUAUUGAAAAUCAGGGGCUUAAACGAUUGAAGAAAGUACAGCCUGAAGAAAGCUUCCGGCAUGAUUUGGCGCCAGAGUUUUCCAUUCACCGUAAAGAAAGUGUAUCAAAGGAAAUAUUUGUAAGAGGAACUACCACUCCCAUCUUAAUCAAAUACAAGAAAACGGGGAACGAAGAAGCUGUGAGCAAUCAUAGAGAUGAUAGUUUCUACCAUGAACCGGGGAAUACCGUAAGGCAGCCACUGCCUCUAGAGAGCGGCCCAAAACGAUUAAAAAUCAAAGGCCCUUCAAUCAUAAGUUUGAAAAACAUUCCCCUUUGAGUACAGAUUUCUUAGAGUAUAACUUUUCCUAACUUGAAUCCAAAUGGGUUUUUAAGUUCUAACAAUACAAAAAUGAGUGGAAGCGGCAGAAAUUGACCCACAAUUUUAGAUGAGAAAAUAAGUGCAUUCUUUGUGCAGAUCCCAAAUUGGGUAUGAUCUGGCACAGUGGUGAAUCUUAAUGGUUCUCGGACCGGCUUUUUUUUAAGGGCUUUGGGCAUGAGAUCCUUCUUUUCUCUUAUUUAAUUUUGUGCAAAGUUUACAGGUAGUUCUCAUUUUAGCAGUUUUUUUUUUUCUUUUUCUAAUUGUACAUCUUGUUGACAGUAGUUUAAAUUUUGUGAGAUAUAAAUGUCACAAAAUCUGCUGGUGCUUCCUUCCUGGAGGAGGUUCUUUCAUUCUUUUUGUAGCAAUAGUUUACUCCUGUUGCUGUUGACUACAUCUAAAUAAAAUCCAGAUUUUUUUUUCUUCUAA